UUAUAAUCAUCAUACACUAAUUUUUUACUUUUCAGUCUGUCUCAUCUAGUAUAUAAACUGUUGAGUUCCGUUGGUUUCUUUUGUAAUCAUUUGCAUUGUUGUGAACUGUUGUCUAUGCACAACCCUAUUCUUUCACUUACAUCCCGCACUAUAUGCAUCAGUAUGUCUCAUAGAUUUAUUAAAUAUCAAUGAUGAGUUAUGUUGCUAUUCAUAUGCAGGAUGAAACUUCUAUGCCUCUACUCAAAUGGAUAAAAAUUGAUCAUGAUGAGGUUGCUGUGAAGACGAUGGUGUCGCCACCAUCUUCUGAAAACCUCUACAAGCACAAGGCCACGGGCCAGAUGGGUGGUAUCUUUUUCAGGAAGCAGACUGAAACUGUUAAGCCUUCAUUGGUCAAAAGGAUUGCAACUGCUGCUGGUGAGGCAUCUACAGAGGCUAUCACCAAGUUAUUGUCAGCCCCACCUUCUGGAUGCGUAUAUAAGCUCAAGUCCAAGCACCAGCCGGGCCGUAACCAUCCAAGGGGUUCGGGUAUAUUUUCUUAAGCCACAUAUACAUGCCA